UGGAAUGACCAAUCUUCCAGGAUCCAUAAGACUAACUUAUCUACAAGUUGUUAAACAUUACCCCAUAGUCAUUUAUAGCCAUGCUGAAGUGCAGUAAAUCCAGGAACAUGUGCUGUGCCAGAGGACAAAGCCUCCGUCGGACAUUUUUAGUUUAGCCUUUAGAUUUAGAUUUAAUUUCUUAAUAAGUUAUGAAACCUCUCAGAAUGGAGUUAUAAACAGAAAUAAAUAAAUAUGUGACUCUAUGAAAGAAAUAUAAAGGCUAAGUGCAGCUGGACUUUAUAAAGCCUCUACUAAAGUCUAAGUUGAGGUCUUCCUCUUCAAUAAUGAGGCUACUGAAACUGUUGCUGAAGCUUACUGUUGUACUGGGAUCCCUGUGGAUGCUUUACCUAAUGAGUCACCCCAAAACAGACUUGGAUCCUACCUACAGUCUUAGAUACAGCUGGUUGGAGUAUACCGAUGCUGAUGGGGGCCCAGAAAAAGUGUGCAACUGUACAGCAAUCAUGCAGGGAGAGAGAGAGGCACUGAAGCAGGCCAAAUUACUGACCAUCACGAAAGACUUCCGCAAGAAUGUUUGGAUCCCCGAUGAGCAUUAUAUUAAUGCAACCCGAGACUGCAGGAAAUUCAAGUUAACCAGGAAAUACUUAACAUUUCCAUUAAGCCAGGAGGAAGAAGACUUCCCCCUGGCUUACUCUAUGGUUGUGCAUCAUAAGGUGCAGAACUUUGAGAGGCUGCUGCGAGCCAUCUAUGCGCCUCAAAAUAUUUAUUGCAUCCAUGUGGACGAACAAUCACAGGCAUCAGUCUUCUCUGCCAUCAGUGCUAUUACUUCCUGUUUCCCAAAUGUCUUCAUGGUCAGCCAGAGGGUGAGAGUGGUUUAUUCUGCCUGGCCACGCGUCCAGGCUGAUCUUAACUGUAUGGCGGAUCUCUAUAAUGUCAGCACAAAAUGGAAAUACUUCAUCAACCUUUGUGGACAGGAUUUCCCUCUGAAAACCAAUUUGGAGAUUGUAAGGACGCUGCGUUCACUGAAGGGCGGUAAUAGCUUGGAGUCAGAAAAACUGCCUAAAGAAAAGAAAUGGAGGGUCUCAAAUGUUCACCAGAUAGUUGAUGGGAAAAUCCAGGCUAUAGGAAAAGUAAAGAAGCCACCUCCGUUCAACCUGCCCAUUCUGUCGGGAAACGCCUACAUUGUGGUUAGCCGAGGCUACGUUCGCAGCGUGUUGGAGGACAACCGAAUACUAGCACUGAUGGAGUGGGCCAAAGAUACCUUCAGUCCUGAUGAGUUUCUCUGGGCAACCAUUCAACGAAUUCCUGGUGUUCCUGGCUCAACGUGGCCCAAUCGUAAACACGACAUGACAGACAUCAAUGCAAUUGCACGGCUUGUGAAGUGGCAGUGGCAUGAGGGUUCACAGGGUUCGCUGGAGGCGGUGUACCCAGAGUGUCAUGGUAAACAUGUCAGGUCAAUAUGUGUGUAUGGCGCUGGAGACCUGCAGUGGUUGCUUGAGCACCAUCACCUCUUUGCCAAUAAGUUUGACACAGACACAGAUCCCAUUGCCCUCUACUGCUUGGAGAAGUAUCUGAGACAAAAGGCACUGGCUGAGUUACAACCGUAAUGGAGGUUUUUCUGACAACCAAAAAUGAGUCAAAGCAGCAUUUUACUGCCCUAGAAUUGUUUGCUUCACAAUUUUUAAGAAAAGCUGAAGUAAUUAGAAAAACUCAAAUACAAUAACCAAAUUAAAAAUCUAUUAAAUUAGAGGCAAUACAUUAUU